GAGCAUGACCUCCUCUGGUUAGAACCAUUCUCAAGAGAUAAGGGAGCCUCAAAAACACACAGAGAGAGAGAGAGAGAGAGAGAUGAGAGGGUGCUGCUGCUCGCUGGGGAAUGCGGUGGUCACAACUCCAUGGUCGGGACCUCGCCGUCCCACGGCUCCUCUCUGCGUCGCUUCUCACAACAAACCCAUCUCUACAUCCCAUCUUCUCCUUCAGAAUAUUGAUAAGAUGAAAGGGAAGGCCGACGAGUUCUUGGGUACAAAGAAGGCGGCCAUGUUGGCAGCUCAGAUCGGAGCUGUCUUUGCCACGUUAGAGGAGCCAGGGUGGGCGGUAACAGGAGUCAACAACGAGCCUGAGUUCACGAGGACUGUCAUCGACUUGGGCCUCGUCACCGUUUGGUACUUCCUCAUUAUGCCGCCGAUAAUAAUGAAUUGGUUAAGGGUAAGAUGGUACAGAAGGAAGUUCGUGGAGAUGUACUUCCAGUUCAUGUUCGUCUUCAUGUUCUUCCCUGGGCUGCUGGUAUGGGCGCCCUUCCUCAACUUCAGAAAGUUCCCGAGAGACCCAUCCCUCAAGUAUCCAUGGGAACGCCCCAAAGACCCCUCCAAGGUCAAGUCCUUUUUUCUCAAGUACCCUUUCGCCGAUCCCGACGACUACGCCUGACCCCCCGACCCCUCUUCCUUAAUAAUCCCUCUGUUUUCACAUUGUAUACCAAACUUCUCGAUUUCAUGCGAAUCAAAUCAAACUGAUGCAAAUA